UAAGCAUUUAAAGGGUUUAAAUAGAUAUUAAUCAUUCCGUUAAUUUGGCAGCAACUGUAAAAUGAAUUAUUUGUUAUUGCGUGUAGCACUGUAAUGAUUUGUCUAACAUCAAUAAAGGAUAUGUUGCGCUUGCAAAGCUCAUGAGGAACAGAAAAGGAGAAAGUGUCCAAACACAGAAAAACUCCUGGUGAAGCAACUGAGAUCCUCAUGACAAACUAUUAAAGAUGGUGUUUAUUAAAGAGGAGAGUGAAGACAUGAAGAUUGAAGAAACAUUCAGAGUCAAACAUGAAGAAACUGAGGAACAAACAGACAUGAUGGGGCUGAAAGAGGAAAGUGGAGAACUGAAUGACAUGCAAGAUAAAAAUCAGUAUAAGAAACAUGAUUUCAUAACUGGACAAAAAUCAUUUUGUUGUUCACAGACUGAAAAAAAAUCCUUACAAAAAAGAGCUCAAAACACUGGAUCUAGAGGUCAUUUCACCUGCCAAGAGUGUGGACAGAGUUUUGAUCAACGAGGAAACCUUAUAGUCCACAUGAGGAUUCACACUGGAGAGAGGCCUUACACCUGUGAACUGUGUGGAUAUAGUUUUAGUAGAAAAGGAAGCCUUACCAUGCACAUGAGGAUUCACACUGGAGAGAAGCCAUACACCUGCAAACUGUGUGGAAAUAGUUUCGUUCGAAAAGGAGACCUUAAAAGCCACAUAAGAAUUCACACAGGAGAGAAGCCUUUUACCUGCCAACAGUGUGGAAAGAGUUUCACUCAAUAUGGAAACCUUAAAGUCCACAAGAGGAUUCACGAUGGAGAGAAGCCUUUCGUUUGUCAACAGUGUGGAAAAUGUUUCAUUGAACAUGGAACUCUUAAAGUCCACAUGAGGAUUCACACUGGAGAGAAGCCUUUUACCUGUCAACAGUGUGGAAAAUGUUUUUCAGUAAAAGUAACCCUUAAAAGGCACAUGAGAAUUCACACCAGAGAGAAGACAUACACCUGCUAACCAGAGGUGUCAUGCCCAUUCAAACCGAGGGGCAAGUGCUCCCUCAGAUUUUUGAGCCAAGUGGAUUUCUUCCAAAAGUCAAAAAUAGCAGAACAAUAUUUUGUAUAUUUGAUACAAUCACACCAGUGUGAUCAGAACAUUCAGUGUGUUCACCAAAAUCUAAAAAGAGAGAAUCACCAGAGACAGAUGUGUUUUUACAGUGCUGUGCGUUGUAACAAGUCACACACAAUUAUGUUACGUUAUGUAAUGGCCGAUCAGUCGUUCAGACGAGUCAUCGCCGAAGCGCUUGUGUUUUGUUCAGUGCACGUUCUCACUGACUUAAUUCUGCUCUAUGGCAAAUUCUCUCAUCAGAAACAACAAAAUGCAUAUGUGCGUACAAUGUAAGUAAGAGAUUCAUUUCACAAUGUAAACAGUUAUAAUGGGAGUUUUUGAGAGUGCUUGAACCCUGGCUAGACUGAAGUCAGUGAUAAUGUUCUUUGAUAAUGUAAAUGUUCUUUUCUCUCUUUCUGUAUAACAAAAGUGUUGUAAUUAGUAGGGCUGCCCCCUAAUAGUCGACUAGUCGUUAGUCGACCAGAAGAGGCUUGGUCGACCAAAAUUUUAUUAGUCGCUUAGUCGCAGGAAAAAGAAAAUCCACGCAGAUUGUUAACGGCUGGACUAUGGUAAUACGAUACAUCCGGCAGGACAUCCAAAGGCUCGCCUAUCAUUUAUCCACCACAAAUAUGGCUUAUCAUCAAAUAUGUAAGUAUUAGCAACUUUACAUGGCCGCUCAAUCUAAUGUUAACCUAGAGAAAUGUCUGGUGUCUGCAGAAGCCAAACAGUACCGCGCUCACUGCAGGACAGAUGAAGGCGGCGGUGCACUCACUUACUCCUAAAAUACUCCAUAAUGUUUGGUGAACAUGAACAUGAACAAAUUCAAAUGGAAAACAAAUAUUCUCAGAUUAUGUAAUCCGUAUGAAACAUACAGGCGAAUCCACUACUGUGGAGAUGACUAGUCAGUGUCUCCGACUUCAUCUCUUAAACCAAAAACAAAGAAAGCACGAGUUUAUUAAAAUGUUAAUGCAGUCUUCUUACUGUUUUUCCCUGACACAUUCAUAAUCAUAGCUUCUGCGGUGCACUGUAGCAAGCUUUAUGCGUGCGAUUGCGCACUUAUAGGCUUUGUAGGCAAUUGAAGGCUCAUUAUAAAUGGUUUAUUAAUAAACGUGUAAUUAGUCGACCAGAAAAAUCCUUAGUUGAGGGCAGCCCUAGUAAUUAGUAACUUAAAAUGUAUUUAUUGAAUUCACUUUAAAGACAUUCACUCAUGCCCCCUCAAAAAUAAUAAGUGCAUGAUGCCCUUGCUGCUAACUGUGUGGAACGAGCUUCACAACAAAACUAAUCCUUAGCUAUCACAUUUAACAUCUAUCAACAGUUACUGGUGAGAAGAUGUUUAUAUGUGGUUGAUGAUGGUUUCUCAUGCUGUACCAUCUCAUGGCUCAAAAGUUGCACACAUUCAACAGAGGUUUCCUGCCUUUCCCUUUAUAGACAGAUUUCUCCAGAUUUCCUGAAUCUUUUCACAGUACAGUAGAUGGUGAAAGACCUAUAGGUAUUCUUUAAAAAUCUUGCAUUGAGAAGUUAGAAACUUUUGCAUGGUUUGAAUAUUAUUACAUCAUGUCAGAAAGUGGUAAGCCACGAUCCAUCUUUGCUUGCAAAGACUGGGACUGUGGUGGAUGCCUGUUUAUUUACCAAAUCAUAAUGCCAUCACCUAUUACCAGGUCACCUGCUUAUUGCGGAAUUGGUCAAAACUGGAAUAAUAACAUAUAAUUAUGUAACUUUUAUUUUGUUUAUGUUCCAACAUUUUUCUUUAUAGUUCUGUCAGUAAAAUAAAG